GAUCUUAAUCAUUCGCAUAAGUAUAUCCCUUGUUUUUUUUUUUUUUUCCUUUUCCUUCUGAUUUUUCUUUUGCGAUUCAUCUGUUCUCAUACAUUGAAUGCAUUUGCAUAAGACCACUUAACUUUCGUCUCUGGUAUAUAAAAUCACAAAUUAUGAAGACUUCCAGCCAAGGUGCUUUUUUGAGGCACAAUUGUCUUCCAAUGGUCACUCCCGCCAUCUUUCUUCUAUACAUCUUCUCAAUACUUCAUCACGUUGCUGCCAAUGACAUUGGUCCAGGCACACGUUCCGGCCAUUGCGCAUUCGCGCAUCAAAACACACUACACAUAUUUGGAGGCAGUAUUAUCGGAAGCGAAGCUCUACCUGCCAACCAUUCAUCCUUUUCGCGUUUUUCAACAUUGACCUUUCCACUUGAAGCGAAUACGACAAGCUUGCCUUGGAAAGACUUACCAAGCAGAGAAGCGUAUAACAUCGUAAAUGGUGCGUGCGCAAUGACAGACAGUGGAUACGCUAUAUUAAUAGGAUACGACCCUUUCGAUUCGCAUGUAACAUCGCCAGGAAUACAGAUUUUCAACUCUAACGAUCAGACAUGGAUCAGUUCCAUACAGCUUAACAGCACGGUCAAUGUUACACUUGCCUUCUCCCAACGUCAAGGAAUGGCAUCCACUAUGUGGGCAGGUAGUGUCUUUUUCCUAUUUGGAGGAUCCGUCUCGCAAAGCAACACACAAGACAUGUUUGUUUUGGACACACGUACUUGGCCAUGGUCAUUAUCACAGCUUAGUCCAUCCGAUAAAACGCCAGUUGCAACUAGCCACUCUACCAUGAUUGCAACUUCUUCAAACUUGAUAUAUUACAUUGACAGUCCAGACACCCCUAGUGAUGAUGGUGUUUACGAAUCAACAGUAUCCCAAUUUGACCCAGUUGAACUGGAGUGGUCGGAUACCACUAUGACUAUUACAACAUCAUACCCUGUUUCGUUCGUAGCCGGCAACGAUUCCGAAAUUCUAUUAAUACCUAAGUCUGAUAAUUAUACGAAAAUCAACUCUCAUAAGAAUGGGCCAUUACAUCAAUUUCUGGUUGAGAGUAUGACCAAGCGUCAGCAAGAAGCUCAAACCCCACCUACUGAAGCCAACAGCACCAUCAGUAACGUUCUGACGUUAGAUUUACUUUCGUCUUCCCAUAAUGCCUUUUCCCCAAUCCCAAUCCCUGGUAUUUUACUGACAGCAGAUGCAGGAGGAACGGUUACAAACCUACUUAAUCGGAAUGUUGUUCUCUACGGCGGUAAAGCUGAUAAUGCUCCAAACAGCCAAUUAGUCGUAUUUGAUAGCUUAUCGCACAGCAUAACCAAUACGGUUCUCAACGUGUCACCCGAUGCGCCCGCAAUUAUACAUCCUCCUAGUGCGCCAGAGACAACUUCCAGCAGCUCCGGCAAACUUGACCGGAAUUUGAUUGGUUUGUGUAUUGCAUUGGCUGUAGCAGGACUGACGGUUCUCGGUCUUAUUGCUAUCGCAUUUAUUCGUCGGCGUCAACUGCGACGAACCCAAGAGAAGAAGCCGCUGGUGGCCGAACUUACUGCUGAUGAUGACAAAGGGUCUUUGAUAUCUGCCACUGCACCAGAUUUUCGUAGAUUUCCAGUCAUCAAAGAACAAGAGGACGCUGUGACUUGGAGCGACAAAGUCCGUAAUAUGCUUACAAGUGUGGGGGCAGCGGCUGCCGUUCCAAAUGAAAUACUGAGACGACAGAGCCAGAAAACAAAGUCUGGGAAAUCAAUGGAGAAGCGCAAAGAAACUGCACCUGGAGAUGUAUCUAAUUCUCUCCAAGUAUCUGCGCCAAUGCUCGCCUCUGGGUACACUGAAAAGCAAAUUUAUUGCAACCUUUCUCGGCCUCCACCCAGUCGAUUUCGGGAGCACUUUGAAGGCAAAGGACGAUUUGUAUCAGGCUUAUCCGAAGCCUCGGCUUCAGUAUUUUCAGCAGAUGCAGCGUUGUUACGGUCAAGUUCAUAUCAUCUUGGCCUUGAAACUGCUAGUAACACUCAAGCCCCUAGUCUUCCAAGAUCCAACUCCGAAUAUAUAGCCCACAGUAUACCUGGGUCGCUUCUACCCACAUCUUGUGGCGGUGUAUUCUCAGACAUGACGAGCAGAAGCAAUGUCCCACCUUCGUACCGACGUAGCUGGUAAUUGAGCUAUAUAAAACAUUGUAUAUUAUGGGGGCUACCUACACUAUAUUAAUUCAAGGGGAAAGCCGUGCUUAAAGCGUUUUUCGAUGCUGAGAUGUACCAUGAAGU